AUGGCUUCAGUCGAAAGUGUCGCAAAUACAGCGAAGAAAUUGGAAUGCCGGUUCUGUCAAAGGAUCUAUUCUAAAGCAGAGCAUUUGACAAGACACGAACGUUCCCACACAGGCGUCCGUCCAUUUACCUGCAAAGAGUGCAAUCGUGCAUUCAGUCGACAAGAUUCGUUGGCUCGUCAUGAGAAACUCCAUCUACGAAGAGAGAGCAUGAAAUGCACCUCCCCUGCCGCUUCGACGAAUACUCCGGCGAAAACUCACGCUUUACAGCAUUUGCUAGCGACUGACGAAGAACUCGAUACGCGCAGUUAUGUGCCACCAUCAGAUCACGGUACCUCGCAAACCUGGAAUGAGCAAUCAUAUCAAGUGGAAUCCGAUAUGAUGGACAUGCAUUGUGCUACGGACCUUGACUUCCAAUUGAUCUGGCCUGAUUCCGAGGAGCUGUUUCAGUCAAUCAUGUCUUCGGAGACUACUACGCAAAUGCCGGUGGGGACUUUGCCGUUUCCUCAAGGACUUGAUCAAUUUACACCGACUAGUCUUGACUCGCCUACCUCGUUUGACGAUCGAGGGUCAGCCAUCAAGGCUAUUCCCAAUGGUGGUGGCCACCAGGCUGUCCAUGGUGUUAGCAAGAUGAUCUCGAAUUUGUCGUCGAGUAUCACUGCAGAAGCAGAGGCUACGUCUAUCACUUCUGUCUUUCUGGAUGAGUGCCUCCACAUGUUUUUCGUCCGAUUCAUACCCACAUUUCCCGUUCUACAUCGUGCGACAUUCGUGUUCAGAGAUUGUACACACCCGCUGUUAUUGAACGCAAUUGCUAUUGGAUCUCUAUACCUUGGCCCUAAGGACGCUAUCGCGAAGGGCGAAGCCUUAUGGCGUCUUUCGCACACAGCUGUUGCUACUUCAUGGCAAAGUCUGAUCACCCACAGAGGACCGCACGACCCAUGUAAUGGACUUCAGUUGGUGCUAGCUGCUCUGCUUGGUCAAGUCUAUGCUGCGCUUUCAAAGAAUCGCGCGCUUCGGACGACAUCGCAAAUAUUCCAUGCACUAGGUUUCUCUUGGGCAAGGCACUGCGGAAUGUACGACAAUGACACAUUUUCCCUGGAAAACUUGCCAUCGAUGGAUGCAUCACCAGCAGAAAAGGAUCGUCAAUGGAAGACGUGGGCUGCUCACGAAAUACAAAGGAGAGCACUUCUUGCGCAAUAUAUCCUGGAUGGACUUGUCUCGUCAGCAAGUGGUAAUCCCACAUCUACGCGGCAUGCUGCCAACCAGCUCGGUCUGCCGUGCGACGAGAGUCUAUUCGAAGCAAGCACCGCAGAUGAGUGGCUCAUCAAGAUGCGAUCGCAACCCAAGCAAGAUGUCUCGUUCCGCAAUAUUUUCCGAUCUCUGUUCUUACCAGUCGACAUGGGAAGGCUUCCAGAGCAUACGCUGACUUCGUUUUCGCUACGAGUCCUCUUGGAAGGUGUACAGUCACUUGUCUCGGACUCAACAGAUGGACCCUCAGUUGGUGUUCCCACACGCUCUGAGAUCCGUAGAGCGCUGGCUCAGGUACACGAAAGUAUCACCAAAAACACAAUAUCCACGCCAGAGACACUUGAAGCUCUGCUCCGAUGGCAUUCAAUCUGUCUUGAUGCGGCUACCGACUCAUCUAUGUUGUGUCGUCAUCUCUGCGCUCGUUACAACAUCCCACAACAUGUUCUUGGAGGUAACAAGGGGCUCAAGACGGGACUGGAUCUGGUUGCCUGGGCCAAAACUGAAGAUGCACGAAGGGCUCUGCUGCAUGCUGUCGCUAUCCAGGAUAUUGUCGAACAACUUCCUCGUGGCCGUGCUCAUGUCCUUCAUAUGCCCAGCUCGCUGUUCGCUGCUGCGACCGUGUACAGUGUAUUCUCUCUAGCAGGCCACACCACUGUCAACUUGCCCAGAGUUGUCGACUGGAAGGAUGCACUCUUCACCGAGGUAGACCCAUGUGUCAUCCUCGGUGACUUGGCAGGAACGUCAGCUGGAUCGAGCACCACGAGGAGGUUUGUCCGUGGGGAGCAGUUGUCUGGAAGUGGCUACGAGUCCAUGACACGCAACUUGUUGUACGAGCUCAAUUCGAUGCAAAAGUUGUUCCGCUGCCUCAGCUCGCAGUGGGGAUUGGCGUACGACAUGGAGGCUGUGCUGAAUUCUUGGAUUUCGCUCAGCCAUUGA